UGUUAUACUUAUAUAUCAUCCAGUCCUAGCUGGGUUUUCUUGACCAAAGAAGCAAAGAUGGCUGGAUCAUUCGCCCUCAACACAGGCGCAAGCAUCCCAUCAGUUGGUCUCGGCACAUGGCAGAUAAAACCUGAGGUCGUCGGCGACACCAUCUACGCCGCUGUCAAGGCUGGAUAUCGCCAUAUUGAUUGUGCUCCAGCAUACAGCAAUGAGACAGAGGUCGGCUUGGCUUUGAAGAAAUUAUUUGAAGAUGGUGUGGCUAAGCGUGAAGAAUUGUUUAUCACCUCUAAGCUAUGGUCCGGUAAUCAUGCACCGGAAGAUGUGCCAGAGGCAAUUGACACUACUCUGAAAGACUUGCAGCUUGACUACUUAGAUUUGUUCCUUAUCCAUGGUCCAAUCCGUACCAGGAAAGGAACCACGCACAUCCCUGAAAAUUUGAUCCCAACUGACAUCCCUGCUACAUGGGGGGCCAUGGAAAAGCUAUACGACUCCGGCAAAGCUCGAGCAAUUGGCGUGAGUAACUUUACUUGCAAGAAGAUGGAGGACUUGCUCGCCGUUGCACGCGUGCCUCCAGCAGUCAACCAGGUUGAGUGCCACCUGAUCUGGCAGCAAGCCAAGCUCCGUGAACUAUGCCAGUCAAGGGGUGUUCAUCUUUCUGUAAGCUCAUUACAAACAUUAUACUCCCUCCGAAUAUUAGUUAUCGCUCAUAUGGAUGUAUCUAGCAAUGAAAUAUGUCUAGACACAUCCAUUUAAGCGACAAGUAAUAUGGGUCAUAGGGAGUAGCAUUCUUUCAGUUUCGGCACAUUCACCAUUAGGUGAGGCUAGUGUCCUUCGCAACCCUAUUGUCGCAGCUGUAGCCGAGAAGCUGCAGAAAACGCCUGCGCAGGUCGCGUUACGCUGGGAUCUUCAGAUGGGUCAGAGUGUGCUACCAAGAAGCGGCAACGAAGGAAGGAUCAAGGAGAACUUUGACAUAUUGAUUGUGCCCCAGUGUACCGCAAUGAGAAACAGGU